AUGGAUAGUACGCUGGUGAGUUUGGAAUCCAAAAAGGAUAAUCUGGAAGUCUCAGACUCCAAGAAGGCGUUGUUCUUUAAUUACCAUGAGUUUUGCGUAACAAGCUACUCGGAAUUAGGAACCUCGCUGGUUUGCGAUCAUAGCGACGAUGAGGCUCUAUGUAUUACGCAUUUUCCAAAUGUAUACGUUCCUAUCGAAUCUGUGUCAUUUAAGGAGACCCGUUUGGUCAGAAUUCCGCGCAGAUUCGAGUCUUAUGUAGAUAUUCCCAAUUUCUCGACCCAAUUGCCUGGUAAAGAACCUGCAGCGCUGGUCAAGCACACGACAAAUGGAAAAUUUGUUGCGAAAGGUAUUUACCAAGGUCAAGCAUUUGGAAUGGCGUCGGUAAGUCCCUUAAGCGACUACUUAAGUGAUUCAGAGUUCAAGAAAAUUAUUGAAACGAUUAAUGAGUAUCUGUACAAUGGUUUUCACCAUGCGUCACGAAUGGACUCGGUGAAUGCGGUGCUGGAUACCUUGACUUUCCAGAUAUGGAAUAGCUUAUUGAUAAGAGCUACGAAAAGUCCGCUACUGGAGCUCGAAGAGUACGUGCAGGCGCUAAACAAAUCGGCAGCUUUCCAGGACAAAAACCUGCGCUUGAUCUCACCCAAAAGAUCAGGCUUUCUCUCGGUAUGUUAUCAAAAAUUUAAAGAUGUUGCAAAGGGUUCCAACGGAGUUCAAUUAACGCAUACUAACCAUCUGUCAUACACAGCUUGA